UAAAGGGCCAGUUCCGAGCUGCACUGAAAAGGGGGGGGAGGGGGGAGAGAGAGAGAAGUGAGGUGAACACCGAGGAGGCAUCGGAGAGCCCCCCAAUCCCGCGCCGAGGCGGCGGCGGCGGCGGCGCGACGAAGACGAUGAUGAACACAUUGCAAAGUUUUUUUGGCCCCGGCGAGGGGUGUCAGAUUGAGUGCUCUGUGCGCAUGUGCGAAGGUGUCCAAACUGACAAUGCUAGGGAGAUGAAGAUAGUGUGUAGCUGCUUCUGGGCUCAAGGAGGAGGAGAGAGAUUCCGCGAGCCGACACCAUGCGAUCCAAGGCGAGGGCGAGGAAGCUAGCCAAAAGUGACGGUGACGUUGUAAAUAAUAUGUAUGAACCCGACCCGGACCUGCUGGCCGGCCAGAGUGCCGAGGAGGAGACGGAGGACAGCAUCUUGUCCCCCAUCCCUAUGGGGCCGCCAUCCCCCUUCCCAGCCAGCGAGGACUUCACCCCUAAGGAGGGUUCGCCCUACGAGGCUCCUGUCUACAUUCCUGAAGACAUUCCAAUCCCACCAGACUUCGAGUUGCGGGAAUCUUCCAUCCCAGGAGCUGGUCUGGGGAUCUGGGCCAAGCGGAAGUUGGAAAUUGGGGAGAGGCUUGGCCCCUACGUGGUGGCUCCCCGGGCCGCACUGAAGGAGGCCGACUUUGGAUGGGAGCAGAUGCUGACGGACACAGAGGUGUCAUCCCAGGAGAGCUGCAUCAAAAAGAUCUCUGAAGACUUGGGCAGCGAGAAGUUCUGCGUGGAUGCCAAUCAGGCCGGGGCUGGCAGCUGGCUCAAAUACAUCCGUGUAGCGUGUUCCUGUGAUGACCAAAACCUCACCAUGUGUCAGAUCAACGAGCAGAUUUACUAUAAAGUCAUCAAGGACAUUGAGCCUGGAGAAGAGCUUCUGGUGCAUGUGAAAGAAGGUGCCUACUCCCUGGGUGUCAUGGCACCCAGCCUGGAUGAGGACCCCACAUUCCGCUGUGACGAGUGUGAUGAGCUCUUUCAGUGCAAGCUGGAUCUGAGGCGCCACAAGAAGUAUGCGUGCGGUGCCUCGGGGGCUCCGAUCUAUGAGGGCCUCGGGGAGGAACUGAAGCCCGAGGGCCUCAGCGCGGGCAGCGAUGGACAAGCACACGAAUGCAAGGACUGUGAGCGGAUGUUCCCCAGCAAAUACAGCUUGGAGCAACACAUGAUUGUCCACACAGAGGAGCGUGAGUACAAAUGUGACCAGUGUCCCAAGGCCUUCAACUGGAAGUCCAACCUCAUCCGCCACCAGAUGUCUCACGACAGUGGCAAACGCUUCGAAUGUGAAAACUGUGUCAAGGUGUUCACGGACCCCAGCAACCUCCAGCGUCACAUCCGCUCACAGCACGUUGGUGCCCGGGCCCAUGCCUGCCCCGACUGCGGCAAGACCUUCGCCACAUCCUCUGGCCUCAAACAGCACAAACAUAUCCACAGCACAGUGAAACCAUUCAUAUGUGAGGUCUGCCACAAGUCAUACACGCAGUUCUCCAACCUGUGCCGGCACAAGCGGAUGCAUGCUGACUGCCGGACUCAGAUCAAGUGCAAGGACUGUGGGCAGAUGUUCAGCACUACCUCCUCCCUCAACAAGCACCGGCGCUUCUGUGAGGGCAAGAACCAUUAUACGCCAGGCGGCAUCUUCACCCCAGGCCUGCCCCUGACCCCCAGCCCCAUGAUGGACAAGACAAAACCCUCCCCCACCCUCAACCACGGGGGCCUAGGCUUCAACGAGUACUUCCCCUCCAGACCUCAUCCUGGGAGCCUACCCUUCUCGACUGCCCCUUCAGCCUUCCCCACACUCACUCCAGGGUUCCCAGGCAUCUUUCCUCCAUCCUUAUACCCACGGCCACCUCUCCUACCUCCCACACCACUGCUCAAGAGCCCCCUGAACCACGCACAGGACGCCAAGCUCCCCAGCCCACUGGGAAACCCAGCCCUGCCCCUCGUCUCUGCAGUCAGCAACAGUAGCCAGGGAGCCACAGCAGCCACGGGGCCGGAGGAGAAGUUUGAUGGCCGCUUGGAGGAUGCAUACGUAGAGAAGGUCAAGACCAGGAGCCCUGACAUGUCAGAUGGCAGCGACUUUGAGGACAUCAACACCACGACAGGGACAGACUUGGACACCACCACGGGCACAGGCUCAGACCUGGACAGUGAUGUGGACAGUGACAGAGACAAGGGCAAGGACAAGGCCAAGCCGGCUGAAAGCAAGCCUGAAUUCGGGGGUGGGUCUGUGCCCCCAGGGGCCGUGAACAGUGUGGCCGAGGUGCCAGCCCUGUACUCACAACAUUCGUUCUUCCCACCACCCGAGGAACAACUUCUGGCAACCUCGGGAGCCGCCGGCGACUCCAUCAAGGCCAUCGCGUCCAUCGCCGAGAAGUACUUUGGCCCUGGCUUCAUGAGCAUGCAGGAGAGGAAGCUGGGGUCCCUUCCUUACCACCCCGUGUUCCCCUUCCAGUUUCUCCCCAACUUCCCCCACUCUCUCUACCCCUUCACGGACCGAGCCCUCGCCCAUAACUUGCUGGUCAAGGCUGAGCCAAAGUCACCCCGGGAUGCCCUCAAGGUGGGUGGCCCCAGUGCAGAGUGCCCCUUCGACCUCACCACCAAACCAAAAGAGGCCAAACCUGCCCUGCUCACGUCCAAGGUUCCCCUGGUCCCCUCAUCUGGUGAGGAACAGCCGCUAGACCUGAGCAUCGGCAGCAGGGCCCGAGCGAGCCAGAACGGAGGCGGCCGCGAACCAAGGAAGAACCACAUCUACGGCGAACGGAAGCCAGGGGUUGGCGAGGGGCUGCCUAAGGUGUGCCCAGCACAGUUGUCCCAGCAGCCAUCCCUGCACUAUGCCAAGCCCUCGCCCUUCUUCAUGGAUCCCAUCUACAGCAGGGUAGAAAAGCGGAAGAUGACGGACCCUGUGGGAGCCCUAAAAGAGAGAUACUUGCGGCCAUCUCCACUGCUGUUCCACCCCCAGAUGUCAGCCAUAGAAACCAUGACAGAGAAGCUGGAGAGCUUUGCAGCCAUGAAGGCCGACUCAGGCAGCUCCCUGCAACCCUUGACUCACCACCCCUUCAACUUCCGGUCCCCACCCCCGACGCUCUCGGAUCCCAUCCUCAGGAAGGGCAAGGAGAGAUACACAUGCAGGUACUGUGGCAAGAUCUUCCCCAGAUCUGCGAAUCUCACAAGACAUCUGAGGACACACACUGGGGAACAACCAUACAGGUGUAAGUACUGUGACCGGUCGUUCAGCAUCUCCUCCAACCUCCAGCGGCACGUGAGGAACAUCCACAACAAGGAGAAGCCGUUCAAAUGCCACCUGUGCAACCGCUGCUUUGGGCAGCAGACCAACCUGGACCGGCACCUGAAGAAGCAUGAGCAUGAGGGCGUAGCAGUGAGCCAGCACUCUGGGGUUCUCACGAACCACCUGGGCACCAGCGCCUCCUCCCCCACCUCCGAGUCGGACCACCAUGCACUUUUAGAUGAGAAGGAAGAUUCCUACUUCUCUGAGAUCCGAAACUUUAUCGCGAACAGUGAGAUGAACCAGACGUCUGCUCGGAUGGACAAACGGCCUGAGAUCCAAGACCUGGACAGCAACCCGCCGUGUCCAGGCUCAGCAAGUGCAAAGCGGGAGGAAGUAGAGGAGGAGGAAGAGGAGGACCUGGAGGAAGAGGAUGAUGACAGCUUAGCGGGGAAGUCACAGGAGGACACAGUGUCUCCCACGCCUGAGCCCCAAGGACUCUAUGAGGACGAGGAGGAUGAGGAACCACCCAGCUCCCUAACCAUGGGCUUCGACCAUACCCGAAGGUGUGUUGAGGAGCGAGGAGGCGGUCUGUUAGCUUUGGAGCCGACGCCAACCUUUGGGAAGGGGCUGGAUCUCCGCAGAGCAGCUGAGGAAGCAUUUGAAGUUAAAGAUGUGCUUAAUUCCACCUUAGAUUCUGAGGCUUUAAAACAGACCCUGUACAGGCAGGCUAAGAACCAGGCAUAUGCAAUGAUGCUGUCCCUUUCCGAGGACACCCCUCUCCACGCCCCCUCCCAGAGCUCACUGGAUGCUUGGUUAAACAUCACAGGAGCCUCAUCAGAGUCUGGAGCCUUUAACCCCAUCAACCACCUCUGAGGUCCUGGAGGCCCCAGGGCCGGAGUCCAAAGCCAGGGAACCAGCUGCGGGAGAUGGAGAAGGGGCCAGGGAAAAGUUCCUGGCAUCUUCGUUU